UUUAAGUAGUCGGUUAAAUACUUUCGUGUCUGAGUUCGGUAAAAAUAUUUUUAGUAUUGACACUAGGGUAUUAUUUUGCAAAUAUUGCGAAACGAAAGUCGAUUCGGAAAGAAGAUCCAGCGUAAUACAGCACUUGAAAACAGAAAAACAUUUGCGUUCUGUUAAACGUAAAGAAAAUCAACAAGAGACCAAGUGCCAACAACUAUUAACCAAUGAUUUACCGUCUAAAAAAUCGAAGUUCAACCUGGAUUUAUGCAAAGCUAUGGUCUCGGCUAAUAUACCACUAAAUAAACUAUCAAAUAUAGAGUUUCGGACAUUUUUGGAAGUUUAUUCUAGAAAAGAUGUCCCCACAGAAUCAGUACUUCGAAAAUUCUAUUUAGACGACUGCUAUAACGAAAUGAUGGAAAAAAUUAGGCAACGUGUUUUCGACCGAAAAAUUUGGGUGUCACUUGAUGAAACAACAGACGCAGAAGGUCGGUAUAUAGCUAAUGUAAUAAUAGGGUCUUUAGAAGAGGAUACUGCUGGUCCAAUUUUUUUACUGAAUACUGAAGCACUAGAAAAGACCAAUCACUCUACAGUUUCUAAACUUUUUGACAAAUCUUUAAGCAUUUUAUGGCCUGAUGGGAUAAGACACGACAACGUUUUAUUAUUUUUGUCCGACGCUGCGCCGUAUAUGGUAAAGUGUGGAAAAUCUCUGAAUGCACUCUACUCUAAAAUGGUACAUGUGACUUGUGCUGCUCAUGGCCUCCAUAGAGUUUCGAAGGAAGUACAAAAUCAAUUUGGUACUGUUGAUAAAAUUGUAGCUAAUGUAAAAAAAAUAUUUAAAAAAGCACUAUCACGCAUACAAAUUUUAAAAAAUUACGCACCGGAUAUCCCUUUACCUCCAGAACCAAUUAUAACCUGAUGGGGUACUUGAAUCAAUGCUGUAC